CUGCAGGUAUCAUCAUUUUGUUGCGAUAUCUGCUGCUGGGUUUUAGGGUUUCAGUGAGAGUCCCCCCGCGGCCCGGCCUGAUGGAAAACCCCAGAGAUCUGGCGGAGCGUCCCUGCAGGAAACGGCGCGACUCAUUCGGGAUGCUGGACGGUUUCGAGGAGGACCGGAGCAGCUGCAGCACUGAGUCCAGCGGGGGGAGCGGCGCCUCCAGCCCAGAGGACAGUGACGAGGAGGAGCUGGGGGGAGGAGGGGGGGCUCACUACAACCCCUCCUCCUCCUCCCUGACUCUCAUCAAGACCAACGGACAGGUGUACACAUACCCCGACGGAAAGGCCGGCAUGGCCACCUGUGAGAUGUGUGGCAUGGUGGGUGUCAGAGACGCUUUCUACAGUAAAACCAAACGUUUCUGCAGCGUCUCCUGCUCCAGGAGUUACUCGUCCAACUCCAAGAAGGCCAGCAUCCUCGCCAGACUGCAGGGGAAGCCGCCCACUAAGAAGGCCAAGGUUCUGCAGAAACAGCCUCUGAUGACAAAACUAGCUGCGUACGCUCAGCAUCAGGCCAACCAGCAUGGCGGCGUCAAGAAAAGCAUAACUGUGGAGGUGUUCGACUGGGGUCGUUACCUAGAAGACGCUGAAGCCACGGGAGCGCCGGUCGACUGCUUUAAACACGUCCCUAUGGGGAGGUCAUGGGGCGACAUCAGUGAAGGCGUUCGGGUGGAGGUCACUAACACAGACAGCGGUCUGCCCAUGAAGGUCUACUGGAUCGCUGGCAUCAUCAAACUAGCUGGUUUUAAGGCGUUGAUGCGGUACGAGGGCUUCGACGGCGACUCCACCCGAGACUUCUGGCUGAACCUGUGUGUGCCGGACAUCCACCCGGUGGGCUGGUGUGCUGCUGGGGGGAAACCCCUGGUGCCCCCUCAGACUAUCCUGCACAGGAUCACAAACUGGAAGACCUUCCUCAUCAAAAGACUUACGGGGUCCAAAACGCUGCCACAGGACUUUCCUUCCAAGGUGCAGGAGAGUCUGCAGGUUCCCUUUAUGAAGCAGAUGAGGGUGGAGGUGGUGGAUAAAACUCACCUGUGUCGAACUCGUGUGGCUCUGGUGGAACAGGUGAUCGGAGGUCGCCUCCGUCUGGUGUACGAGGAGUGUGACGACGGCUCUGACGACUUCUGGUGUCACAUGUACAGUCCUCUGAUCCACAGCAUUGGCUGGUCGCGCUCCAUCGGACACAGAUUCAAACGAUCCGAUGUGUCGAAGAAGCUAAGUGUUCAGUUGGACGCUCCUGGACAGCUCUUUGCUAAGGUGAAGGAGGUGGAUCAAAGCGGCUCCUGGUUUGAAGACACGAUGAAACUAGAAGCCAUCGACCCUCUGAACCUGUCCACCAUCUGCGUGGCCACAGUGAGGAAGGUGCUGGCAGACGGGUAUCUGAUGAUCGGGAUCGACGGCUCCGAGGCGGCUGACGGGUCGGACUGGUUCUGUUAUCACUCCAUGUCUCCAUCCAUCUUCCCUGCUGGGUUCUGUGAGAUCAACAACAUCGAGCUGACGCCCCCCAGAGGUUACAGCAAUCUUCCCUUCAGAUGGUUUGAGUAUCUGAAGGAGAGCAAGUCUUUGGCGGCUCCCGUCAACCUCUUCAACAAGGAAGUCCCUAACCACGGAUUCUGCCCCGGCAUGAAGCUGGAGGCCGUGGACCUCAUGGAGCCGCGGCUUGUCUGCGUCGCCACGGUGACACGCAUUGUCCACCGGUUGCUACGGAUACACUUUGAUGGCUGGGAGGAUGAGUACGAUCAGUGGGUAGACUGCGAGUCAUCUGACCUGUACCCGGUGGGGUGGUGUCAGCUGACCGGAUACCAGCUGCAGCCGCCUGCUGUCACUGCGGGCUCCAGAGAACUGCAGUCAGCAUCCAAACAGAGGAAGAAGUCUCAGCAGUAUAAGGGACAGAAGAAAAAGAGGAAGUUGCCUGUUGCUAAGCGACCGGUCAGCUUCUCUGGCACUAUAGUAACGGGCAUCUCCAGGAGCAUAUCAGGAGACGAGAACGAGACACCACCAAAUUACCCAUCACCCCCCACUCCUGCAGCCCCGCCCCCCCCAGUUGACCUGGAGAGCAGCCCCAACACUGAUGGGGGAGCAGGUUCACAGAUUAAAGAAGAGAACUUGGAAGCAAGUGAGUUUUAUUCUGAAAGGACUGAAAGCGAAACCAAUGGAUCUUCUGCAGGAUUCUUCACCAACAUGAAGCAGUAACUCAUCCCUCUCUGUCUUCAUCUCUCCAUUAAUGUUUUUUCUGAAAUCGUGAGUUUCAAUACUCAUCAAACGUAUCUACUGUGAUUAAAUCAGAUCAUUCUGGACACUUUGAACAGGCUAAAUAAGCUACAUAAUGCACUUCGCUUCGGCCAAAACUAUUUUUUUUUAAAAAGCUUUUUGUUUCAAAACUUAUAACAAAAGUAACUUACUUAACUUUUUCCCAGUUUUACGUCAAGUCUUUCUCUUUUUGCCCGGUCAGCCAAGAAAGUGGCUUAAAUUCUAGGUUGAGUUAAAGCUUGGUGAGGUAGUUGGGUUUAGAGCUACAUUUAGGACAAUCAGGUCUUAAUGUCUUGUGAGGUGUUGUUUCUAGGGUGAGUUUAGGGUGAGAUAUUUAAUAAGCCAGUUACAGUAUCUCAAAAUUAUAACUUUAAAUAAUAAAAAGAAAUACAUUAUGCAUUACUUAAUCACAAUGAUACAAUUGUGAGUACAUAAAAAUAAAGAACCUAGUGACAACUUUUCAAAAACAAAAAAAGACUGCUGAACGUAGUAUUAAAAUCCUUGUGUAUUUGUCUGAGUAGUACGAAGAAUAAUGAAAUACAUUUGGUUUAUUAAAUUAAAAUAUAUUAAUUGUAAAUAAGGGAAUAUUUAAUAUAGCAGCUAAAUAUAAAUGGUAUAUGAUUGCAAAAUUACUAUUUACGGAUGUAAGCUAAUUGUUAACAUGCUAGCUUGGAAUGUGUUUUUGUUAACCAGACAAAAUAGCUCACCAAGCUAACUUGCUGCUAACUGCCAGUUAGGAAGCUGCUCCAUUCUCAACAGAAAAUAUCACAUUUGGCUUUUGUUCCUUUAAUUUUGUUCCAGCAUUUUUGCAGAAAACAUGUUAGCCAGCUACAAUUGCACACUAAGCUAGCAGGCAACUAACUGUUUCAUACCAGCCAAAUGUUUUACUGGCUCAAAUUGUUUUAUUAACAUUAUUUUAUUAUUCUUAUCUUGCAAAAAUGUUUUAUUAGAGCUGCAGUGUUUUUACUGGAAUCAUUUUAACCAGCCACAAUAGCAUGCCAAGCUAACAUAUUAUUGACUUACUGCCAGUGAAGAACUUACUAUCAGCCGCUAGCCAGACAACAUGUAAAUGUUUGAUUACAUCUCAGCACAAUGACUUAAUUGUGUAUUUAGCUAUUUAAAGUCUAUUUAAUAGUUUUUUAGAACUACAGUAGCACUAGCCAUCAACAAAAUGCCUCCAGCUAACUAGCAUGUCAAUAGCCAAUUAUGAAGAGAUUGUGAUUUUAUCAGGAUUUCUAAAUGAGCAAAUUGUUGGAAGUAGUUUUGAAAGGAAUUGAUUUUCAGCUGAAAUGAUUUCUUAUAUCAUUAUUUCUGGUCUGACCGGGCCCUUAAUCAUCCUUUCCAAAAAUGUCUGCCGCCAUUUUGCUGGUUUCUUAACCAUGUGAGGAAAAUGGUCCUAUGGCUGUUGGAACGUUCACUACAUGCUCUUAAGAGGUUUCUGACUGAGCAACCAGGGCAAAGAAAACAAGAAUGCAGAGAAAGUUUAGAUAAUGAAGCUGAUGAUGCACAGCUACGUCCAGGACAGUGUUACUCAUCUUUGGUUCCUCUGAGAAAAUUAUAUAUCUACAGAGGAAAAAAUAACGGAACUUUUGUAUGAUGAUUUUUUACUAAGCCAGAAUUUGUUAAGUGUUUAUGUUGUGUGUUCAAGGGUCAAAACUCUUGACGUAAUAAUGAUAUUGGAUGCUGUGUAAUGUCAUGUUGAGAUUAGCAGUCAUUUAAAAUGUAUGUGUGUGUGUGU